CCGGCCCCGCCCCCUCGAUCUAAACUACAUUUCCCAUUGUGCCUCUGGUUUCCUGUCGCGCUGCACGCCGGGAGUGCAGGACUCCGACCGGCAAAGUAUAUCGGAAUUCGUAGUCUUAAGUCAAAAAGGACCUGGGAGCCGCCGCUUCUUCCGCCGGGGCCUGGUCUCCGCAGCUCUACCGCCGUCAUGUCGGCUGCGAUUGCAGCUCUGGCUGCUUCUUACGGUUCGGGUUCAGGGUCCGAAUCGGACUCGGACAGUGAGGGCGGACGGUGUCCACUGCCAGCGGCGGACUCCCUCAUGCACUUGACUAAGUCGCCUUCCGCCAAGCCCUCUCUGGCGGUGGCGGUGGACGCGGCUCCGGAGGUGGCAGUUAAGGAAGAUUUGGAGACUGGAGUUCACCUUGACCCUGCUGUCAAGGAAGUUCAAUAUAAUCCUACCUAUGAGACCAUGUUUGCUCCUGAGUUUGGACCAGAAAAUCCCUUUAGGACCCAGCAAAUGGCUGCCCCCAGAAAUAUGCUUUCUGGGUAUGCUGAACCAGCUCAUAUCAAUGAUUUUAUGUUUGAACAGCAAAGAAGAACUUUUGCCACAUAUGGUUAUGCAUUGGACCCUUCAUUAGAUAAUCAAGUAACUACUAAAUAUAUUGGUUCUGUAGAAGAAGCUGAAAAAAAUCAAGGUUUAACUGUGUUUGAAACUGGUCAGAAGAAAAUAGAAAAGAGGAAAAAGUUCAAAGAAAAUGAUGCAUCUAACAUUGAUGGUUUCCUGGGACCAUGGGCAAAAUAUGUGGAUGAAAAAGAUGUAGCCAAACCUUCGGAAGAAGAACAAAAGGAAUUGGAUGAAAUCACAGCAAAGAGGCAGAAAAAAGGCAAACUGGAAGAAGAGAAGCCUGGGGAGGAAAAGACCAUCUUACAUGUUAAAGAAAUGUAUGACUAUCAAGGCAGGUCCUAUCUUCACAUACCUCAGGAUGUUGGUGUUAAUCUGCGGUCAUCUGUGCCACCUGAGAAGUGUUAUCUCCCCAAAAAACAAAUUCAUGUGUGGUCCGGACACACAAAGGGUGUCAGUGCUGUCAGAUUGUUUCCUCUCUCGGGCCAUUUAUUGCUGUCUUGUUCCAUGGACUGUAAAAUUAAGCUAUGGGAGGUUUAUGGAGACAGGCGCUGUCUGCGAACAUUUAUUGGUCACAGUAAAGCUGUUAGGGACAUCUGCUUUAAUACUGCAGGAACACAGUUCCUCAGUGCAGCUUACGACAGGUAUCUUAAGCUCUGGGACACUGAGACAGGACAGUGUAUAUCAAGAUUUACUAACCGAAAAGUACCCUAUUGUGUCAAGUUUAAUCCUGAUGAAGAUAAACAAAAUCUCUUUGUGGCUGGGAUGUCUGAUAAAAAGAUUGUGCAAUGGGACAUUCGAAGUGGAGAAAUUGUGCAGGAAUAUGAUCGGCAUUUGGGAGCUGUCAACACCAUUGUUUUUGUUGAUGAGAAUAGGAGAUUUGUGAGCACAUCUGAUGAUAAAAGCCUUAGAGUUUGGGAAUGGGAUAUCCCUGUGGAUUUCAAGUAUAUAGCAGAACCCAGUAUGCACUCAAUGCCUGCAGUGACUUUGUCUCCAAAUGGGAAAUGGCUAGCAUGCCAAUCAAUGGACAACCAAAUCUUAAUUUUUGGAGCACAGAACAGAUUUAGAUUAAAUAAGAAGAAAAUUUUUAAGGGCCAUAUGGUAGCAGGCUACGCUUGUCAGGUGGACUUUUCACCAGACAUGAGCUAUGUGAUUUCAGGAGAUGGAAAUGGAAAGUUGAACAUCUGGGACUGGAAGACCACAAAACUCUACAGUCGGUUUAAAGCUCACGAUAAAGUGUGUAUUGGUGCAGUGUGGCAUCCUCACGAAACAUCUAAAGUCAUCACCUGUGGCUGGGAUGGUCUCAUUAAGUUGUGGGAUUGAUGAGAUUAAUCCUUAACUAUCUAGGAUUGUUUUUGACCCAAUAACCUAUUUAACUAUAUUUAAUUAUUAAAUGUGUUGGAUGAUAACUUGAUUUACAGAUUAUCAUUUCCUUACAUGGCCUUAUAAAGUUGACACAUUGUUUGAAAAAGAACUUUGUAAAUUUGACUCAUAUAAUUUCAUUGGCAACUUUAUUUUGUUCUUUAUAGAUAUUAUUUAUACAGAGAAUGACCAUCAGUUUUCUAUUUGACAAAUAGAUCCUAUUGGCAGGCAGUUUGGGCUCACCCCCAAGACAUACAGAAAAGAUCCCCUGGGAGUCGGGUAAGAAUCCCUCGAGGAUUGGGGGUUCUGAAGGCGGUAAUAUAGUUAAUGACAACUCAGAAAGGUACCGUGUACUUAUCUUAAACAAAAAGAAAGUAAGGAACAGGGAUGAUAUAAUUUAAUGUGACUGAGAGAAGGAUAAAACCACCCACAAUUACUGUUUCUAUUAUUGCCAGUGGGUCAGGUUCUAAUCUUUUGGAUUGAGAAGUUCCACUAUUUUUUAUGACACAUGUUGUGUAUUUUUAGUUGAAAGCCAGCAAUUUUCUCUGACUGCAGCAUUCCUCUAAUUAUUAAACAGUGUAAAAUACAAAUCAGCCCAGAGUUCUUUCCUUGACUUUCUUCCUGACCAGUAAGUAUAUAAGAGAAUUAUGUUAUUUUUGAAGAUGAAACUCAAGAGAAUGAGUCAGAACUUUGGACUUUACUUGUAUUUACUGUCAGUAAGAACCUGGCUAUUCUUUCAUAAAUCAGGGUCUCUUAGGCCAUUGUUUCACAGAUAUUACUCUUGAAAUAUUUCUCAUUGGAUUUAGGGCAAAGAUCAAAAUACCAACUUGUAAUUUCUUUGAAGAGUUGUAUGUCUUAUCUUUAAAAUUAUUAUGAUUUGGUUUGGGAAUAUAUUCGACAGAACUUUUUUAAAUCAAUAAAGUUUUAAACAUCUUUCUAAAUCUUUGAGUAAAAUUGACAACCAGGAAAAUGGCUAGUGUUCCCCAGUUUGAGAAGCAGUGGCUGUGGUUGGGUUUAAAAAUUUGAGAUUGUGAAAUUACGAUAGCCUCUUGAAUACAGUAGCUAAUAGCACUUUAGUUGACAAACCAUUUCUCCAGCUUUAUUACAAAUCUGUAUCAGAUGUUUGAAUGUAGUUUGAAAUGUUUCGUUACUAUGCUAGGAAAGAUUGGUUCAUAGCUGCUCAGAGUGCUGACUGGGAGAGCAACAUCAUAUUGAGUGAUGAUAUCCUAAGGCCAUUAGCUCAGAGUCAUGUGCUAUCAAAGCAGUUCAUACUUCUUGUCCUUAAAAACAUCCAUUUUUAAAAAUUAAUAUGAAAAAAUAAAACUGGUAUAGAUGGCCAUGUGCUGUAGCCACAUAUAAGUAAAUGUCAAAGACGAAAAUAGAAAAACGAUAAAAGUGGUAGAGCCAUAGUUUUGGACACAGAAGCACUCAGAGAGCAGAAUACACUGCCAGCUGCUGCCCUUUCUGUACCUGCCAGGAAGGGUGGCCACCGUUCCUCAAGAAGAGAGAAUUCAGACGAGACCUUUGCUUUAGUCCCAGCCACUGGGUUUCGCAAAUGUGAAUUAAUCACAUUUGAUUAAUAAUAAAAGAAUCGUAUAUUUAAACUACCUUGUUCAGCACCAGUAUUGUGUAUGUUACAAAUCAUUUCUAAAUCUGGGUUUAUUUUAUUGUGUUUUUGACUGUUUCUAAACUAAGCAACUGUGUAUAAAAGUUCUCUUUUUUAAAGAAAUCCUAUUUUUAAAUAAAGCAUUUUUUAAAAAA